UGUGACACAACCCACCUCAUCCAUUGAACAAGGAAGAAACUGUACCUGUAAAUUACAGUACAUCAGGUUAGUCCUGAGGUAGGGGUGUUUCAAUAGCUUUUAUUUAAGACGAGUUUUUAACACUGGUAAGUGUUUGUUGAAUGUGUUAACUGCAAAAAGUACUGGAGAAGUUUUAAGCUGUUCAGGAUGGGGGACUGCUGCUUGUCGGGUGAAGACAGAGAAAGGAUCAGGAUUCACAAAGAAAUUGAGAGACAGCUUAAGAUGGACAAGCAGGAUUCAUCCCGACAACUGAAACUUUUGCUUUUAGGCACAGGGGAGAGCGGGAAGAGUACUUUCAUCAAGCAGAUGAGAAUCAUUCAUGGGAGUGGCUAUACAGAGGAGGAGAGGAGGGCCUAUGCCAAGCUGGUGUUCCAGAAUAUCUUUUCUUCCAUUCACAGCCUUCUUCAAGCCAUGGAGCACCUAAACAUUUCUUUUGUUGAUGGAAAAAACAAAACACAUGCUGCAAUGCUUAACAGUGUGAUGCCUCAAACAGUACAGUCACUGGAGCCUAAACAUGCUGAAGCCAUCAAGAGUGUGUGGAAAGAUCAAGGUCUGCAGAAAUGCUUUGAACGCAGGAGAGAGUUCCAGUUAUCAGACUCGGCCAAAUAUUACCUUGAUGAAUUUGACAGAAUAUCUGCAUCCUGUUACUUGCCAACUGUUCAGGAUAUUUUGAGAGUCAGAAUUCCAACCACAGGCAUCAUUGAGUACAUCUUUGACCUCCAGACAGUCAUAUUCAGAAUGGUCGAUGUUGGAGGCCAAAAGUCAGAAAGACGGAAGUGGAUCCAUUGUUUUGAAAAUGUUACUUCCAUCAUUUUUCUGGUGGCUCUGAGUGAGUACGACCAGGUCCUGUAUGAGUGUGCAAAUGAGAACCGCAUGGAGGAGAGUAAGGCACUUUUUAAGACAAUCAUCUCCUACCCCUGGUUUCAGGAGUCCUCUAUCAUCCUCUUCCUCAAUAAAACAGAUAUCCUGAAGGAGAAGAUCUCAAAGUCACACCUUGUAGACUAUUUUCCACAAUACAGAGGCCCUAAAAAGAAUGCAGACGCAGCAAUGAACUUCAUCUUGACUAUGUAUGAGGAGCAGAACUCGGACACACAUAAAAACAUCUAUUCACAUUUCACCUGUGCAACCGACACUAAAAAUAUCCGCUAUGUUUUUGACGAUGUGAAGAAGACCAUUGUGAGGAACCACCUCAUUGACUUUAACUUGAUUUAAAUGGCAAAAAUACUUUUCCAUACAGUAUAUGGCUACAUUGACCUCUGAUUCAGUGAAAAUAUUAAUGUGAUCUGUAUGUGAGCACUGGGAUUAUGGCAAACUAUAUUCUGUGAAUUUAGUGUGUUACCUACCAUACCUGCAUUGGCCGAUAUUAAAAGGAUUGUCCACCCAAAAAGAAAUGUCUAAUUUUGAGUUUUGCCAAAGAGAGAAAGUCAUACAGGUAUGGAAAAAUACGAGGGUGAGUAAAUCAUAAAAUAAUUUUCAUUUUGGCGAGAAUUGUCCAUUUAACUUUAUUAUUAGGGACAAUAUUUAUCCUUUGGAAUGUAUUUUCAGGGGCUUUUUUUCCUUCAUAAGGACAUUUUUACAACUGUAGGCUAUUAAAACCCAAAUCAUGCUUUAUAGGCCCACAGAAGAAUAUAAUAAAAUUGAUCAAAUAUUCUAUAACAACACAAAAACCAGUUUAACAAUUAUUAUUAAAUUACGUUUCACAGCCCUGACUACUUCCCAUCCAUAUCCUAUUCCUAAACUUCCCAGUAAGCAAAAUCUACCCAAAGUCAAACCUUAAAUAUUUGGCAUCAAAUAAAUGACUAUUUUCUUUUAUCACUGACACUUCAUGUGGCCAUCUUAGUUAGUAUGUGCUAUUAUAUUCUAUUUCCACACAAGAUUUGAAUGAAAUAUGAAUUAAGACAGGCUGGCAUAAAAGACAGACUUUGAAUCCAUGCAAAUAAAUUGUAGCCACUGUCUUUGCUAUUCAAAUAGUUUCUCCAACGCUGACAUGGAUAAAAGAAAGAUACUUCAGUACAGAUAGUUUCAAGUCUUUACACUCUCAAAAUAACAUGUUUGUAGAUAUUUACUCUAUGUACAGUUAAAAUUUCUAGUGUGACUAAUUCUAAUUCUAAUGUGAUUCUUUAGGUAGACGCAAAUUGAUGUGUGACACUUUAGCAUGUCAAUAAAACGUUACUUAGUUUUGCAAAACAUGCAAUAUUGUGUUUAGUGCAUGAGCCAAAAUAAAACAUUGCAUGUCAAAUGCAUUUUAACACUUAAUUCUGUCAAGCAAUUAUUUAUUUAUUUCAUAUACAUAUUUCAUAUUUGCU